AUGGCACAAUUCUCAUACUCUAACAUUGCGGCCAUCUAUCUCGCUGUCACGUUCAUUUACAUCUCGUACAAGCUUGUGCAUCGAGCUUUCUUCACUCCCCUUCGUGGUAUACCAGGCCCAUGGCAUGCUGCCUUUGUCAAUUGGCGUCUGAAGAUAGCCGUCCUCAGUGGUACUCGAGCAGACUACAUUCACGCACUCCACCAAAAGUACGGUCCAAUUGUCCGCAUCACACCCAAUGAAGUCGCCGUCAACGACCCUGCUAGUUUCAAGGAUAUACACAAGAUUGGCUCCGGAUUCACAAAGACCCCUUGGUAUGAGUAUCUGAGCACCAGUGGACCUGGAAAGAGUCCUGGAGUCUUUCAAAUGACUAAUCCAAAGGAUCAUGCUGCUAGAAGAAAGUUAUUGGCUAAAGGAUUUAGUCAGAGACACCUUCGUGAGCAGUGGGAGAAUGUUGUUCGUGAAAGGGUUAAUAUGGCUAUUGCUCGUAUUAAGGCUGAUGCUACCUCUGGAACAGCUGAUGUCCUCAAGUGGUGGACCUAUCUCGCUACAGAUGUCGCUGCCCACCUGAUGUUUGGCGAAUCCUUCCACAUGCUUGAGAGCGGUGCGAGAGUACCGUACAUUGUCGCUCUGGAGACAGCGUCGAUCUGUUCUGCAAUUAGCUGGGAGUUGCCUUUGGUAUACUGGAUUGGCCGUAGAUUGCCCUUCGCUGCCAUGAAAGACAUCUUCUACGCCAACGAAGUUUUGCUCGACCAAGGCCGUCUAGCAGUUAAGAACAGCAAAGCCCAAGAUUUCGGUACCUCGAAUAUUUUCGCUACUGCCAUCAGCGAAGCCGAGAAGGGCGAUGGAACUCUGACAGACGAAGACAUUCAAGCAGAAGCCGGCAAUCUGAUUGUCGCCGGCUCGGAUACCACAGGCAUUACACUGACAUAUCUCACAUGGUGUGUGCUGAAGCAACCCACACUACAAAAGGCUCUUGAGGAAGAAGUCAGCACAGUCGAUGGUCCACUCACCGAUACAUCACUCGAGCGACUCCCGCUCCUCAACGCCGUAAUCGAAGAAACCCUCCGUCUCUACGGCGCAGCACCAGCAACCCUUCCCCGCCUCACCCCCAAAGGAGGCAUAACCCUAUGCUCCCACUUCAUCCCCGCCGGUACGAUCGUCGGCACACAAGCCUACUCCCUCCACCGCUCCCCCCACCUCUUUCCAAACCCCGAUACCUUCGACCACACACGUUGGCUACCUCCCAACGAGCUUUCUCCUCUAGCUAAAGCAGUAUUUGCGCCUUUUGGUGCUGGAAGCAGGAUUUGUAUUGGCUUGCACCUUGCAAGGAUGGAGUUGAGGUUGGCAGCUGCGACGUUUUUCCGUGAGUGUAAGGGGGCGAGGUUGGCGGCUAGCACGACGGAUGAGAGUAUGAGGCCUGUCAAUCACUUUUUGAUUGCGCCCAAGGCACAUAAGUGUGAGAUUGUGCUGUAA